AUGGCCUCCGUCUUGGAGCUUGCCUGCAUCUACUCAGCCCACAUCUUGCAUGACGACGAGGUGACAGUCACGGCCCUGGCCAACGCGAAUAUUGGGAGCCUCAUCUGCAAUGUAGGAGCUGGUGGGCCUGCCCCAGCAGCUGGCGCUGUGCCAGCGGGAGGUCCUGCUCCUUCCACCACUGCUGCCCCAGCUGAGGAGAAAAAAGUGGAUGCAAAGAAAGAAGAAUCUGAGGAGUCUGAUGAUGACACGCUUUGGUCUCUUUGA